GGCCGCAUACAUAGCAAAAACGAAGUACAGUGCAUUGCUAUAAUUCAUUAAUACAUCAUAAAUCGUGAAGCACCGCGUUAUAACGACCAAGAUCUACAAAUCAAGCCCACUAAAAUACCCUAAAUGAGCUCUUACUUUGUAAACUCGUUCUCAGGGCGCUAUCCAAAUGGCCCCGACUAUCAGUUGCUAAAUUAUGGAACUAGCAGCAGCGCUAUGAACGGCUCGUACAGGGAUUCCGGCACCAUGCAUUCGGGUUCUUACAGCUACAACUACAAUGGGAUGGACCUAAGCGUCAAUCGCCCCUCUACCACCGGGCACUUUGGAGCAGUUGGGAAUAACUCCCGGGGUUUCCAGGCUCCAGCCCGGGAGACGCGUUUCAGACAGCCGUCUAGUUGCUCGCUGGCGUCUCCGGAGUCCCUGCCUUGCUCCAACAGCGAGACUCUGGGACCCAAAAGCUCCUCGCCCCCUUCCGACCAGAGCGCUACCACCACGAGCAGUAGCCUCACCAACACCAACAGCACACAUUUCACAGAAUUAGACGAGACCAGCGCCUCUUCCGAGACCGAGGACGGGAACCUCCGAGUGAGCAACCCCGCGCCCCGGACGCAGCAGCAACAGCAGCAAGAGUCGACGGCAACCUCCACCACUACAGCAUCAACCGAAGGGCAGGCGCCACAAAUAUUCCCCUGGAUGCGGAAACUACAUAUUAGCCAUGAUAUGACUGGACCAGACGGGAAACGAGCCAGAACCGCAUACACCCGCUACCAGACGCUAGAGCUGGAAAAAGAAUUCCAUUUCAAUAGGUAUCUAACCCGGAGGAGGAGAAUAGAGAUAGCCCACGCGCUGUGUCUCUCGGAACGGCAAAUUAAGAUCUGGUUCCAGAACCGCAGGAUGAAAUGGAAGAAGGACAAUAAACUGAAAAGUAUGAGUCUCGCGACUGCAGGUAGCGCUUUCCAGCCAUAACACUCUCUCGUGUUAUAAAAUAUGCGGAAUAAAAAAAGAGAGAGAAUGAAUUAAGAAGUAGGACAAGAUGACAUUAUUCCUAAAGUACUGUACAGUGCGGCACCUUUCGGCAUGUUGAUGUUUUAGACAACUUACAAUAUUACUGUGGUACUGAUAAUACAAACUUGUGUUGAGCUGUUGUUUUAUUAAUACUGUAGUAAUUAUUAUUUGAGGAAAAAAAACUAUCCAGUGUCCGUUGUUGUUGUUAUAAAUAUCGUUUAGGUGUCAAGUGCUAUGUUGAUGCUUUCCAGACAGUUAGCAUGUGAGCUCUUAAAUGUCAUAACUUAUUUACAAUCUGUAACAAGUGUGUAGAUUUGAGUUUAAAACACAGAGGCUCCUCUGCCAAAAUAACAAAAAAAAAAAAACAAAAAAAAGUGAGAAAUUUAAAUAAGAUACACAGGCUGCUAUUAUCGACCCCAGAGUCUCUGUGUCCCCCAUCCUUACUCAAAUCUUAUGCGAUACUUAUUUGGGUUGUUCCUUUAGUUUGUCCUGUGUUCAGUUCCUUUAUUUAUUUUAUUAUACAUAUUUUUUAAAUGAUAGCCGAAAAUAAAUCAAGAUUAGAUUAUCCUGUCUCCAUUCACACGUGUGUAUAAUUAUUUUCCAAACUGUAACUGUAUAUUCGUUCUUAGAAAGGAUGUAUAUAUUUGACAUUUUUAAUGUGACUAAUAGGCUAUUUGUAGUAGGCAGAGUUAGUGACAUGCGCUCUGUGAAAAAAGCAAUUGUCAUGUCCAACUGCCUGUAAGCAUUUCGCCAAUAAGCUUUUUGUAUUUGUUUGUAGCUUAACUUGGAGUAAAAAAAAUAAAUAAAGUUUCUCUAAAUCA